UUGCGCACUGUUACCUAAGCUACUGAUCUUGUGUACUACACUACAAUGCCACGCUACUACGAUGGUGUCGGUAUAUGUGCCCCACCUGCUUGGUUUCGAGUUGAUUUCCAUACACUCCGGCCCAAGUCGUCGGGCCGAUCGAAAGUCCCCCAAUGCUCUUGGUGGCCAGAUUUGGCAGGCAGCAGCCUUUCCAUCCAAAUGACGCUCCCACGUGCAGGUGCAGUAAGCGCAUGCGCACUUGCCCUUACAAACAAAGUCAAUUGUUAUUUGGGAAACACCAACUCUGACCGUGCAGUUCGCCUGGGAAGGCAAGAAUGUUUGACCGGGACCCCACGAAAUUUAUCACCAAAUCCAGAUGCUCGGAGUUAUGAGAUUUCUGCCGUUUCGAUUCCUGCGUUUCGAUUCCCGAUCCUAUCAAGGGGCGCUGGCUCGCAAAUGGUCAGUGUCAACCCUGUCGUUGUCCGAUCCACAGCAGGGGUUGUUUCCGGACGCCGGGCAGCGCCGAACUUGAAGAAGCCUCAUUGGACCAUGCAUGAGUGGCGUUUUCCCCUGGCCAUUUCCUGGCCGCCAAUGGCGCUAUCGAGAUCUUUCAGCAUCGACUUCCCAACGCCUACCCUGCUCUUGGCGGGCUUCUAGGUGAGCCUGGACUCUACUCCGUUGGGGCAUCACAUUACCGUACCGCGUUGCUGGACCCGGCAAUGGCAAUGGAUUAUGGGGGUCACGCUGGAUGAGAGACACAGGGCACAUGCGAGCGAGGCAGUCGACAUGACACCUGCCGAACAACCACAACGCGAGGGCGGUCCAGGUUGGAACAACGUUGCCUACCGUCUUCACUACCUGAAAUUUCUGGUUGCUGCUAUCAACUGCAUCUGGGGGAAGUGCGGCAGGGUCGGCGGCAGCAGGACACAAUCAAUGUUACCCUUCCCUUAAAGACCGGGAA